AUGUCUUUCAGCAACACCAAGACCGGCUCCGAGACCGCCGACCCAUAUGUCGCAAAGAAUGAGCAAGACCCGUCACUGAAGGAGAAGGUUGACGAUCUCGUACACUUCGUCGACAAGGCCAAGUUUUGCAUGAUGACUACCAAGAACGCUCAAGGCCGUCUUGCAAGCAGAUGCAUGGCAUUGGCAGCAAAGGAGGGCAACGGCGUUGAUUUCAUCUUCCACACCAACACCGAGUCUGGCAAGACCGACGAUCUCGAUGCAAACCCAGACAUUAAUCUCGGUUUUCUCAAUUCUGCUGGCGAGUGGGCAUCCAUCUCCGGCAAAGCCACUGUCGAGACCGAUCGUGCGAAGGUCCGAGAGUACUACUCUCCAGCGCUCAAGGCUUGGUUGGGUGAUCUCGGUGACGGAAAGCACGACGGUGGUCCGGAGGAUCCAAGGAUCGGUCUCAUCAAGAUCAAGUCUGAGACCAUUCAAUACGCUGUCAGCAGGAAGAACAUCAUCACUGGCACUGUCGAGGUGGCUAAGGGCAUUGUCACGGGAGAGGCACCAGCUAUCAACAAGCUUAGACGUCUUUCUGAGCAGGAGAUUCAGCAAUGGCGCUCGUCGUAG